AUGGUUGAUCAGGAGGAUAAUUUGACAAAGGCGCGCCGACAGCAGGAACGGGUCUGGUCAGCGUCGGCGUCGGGCUGGGGUACCAGAGACCGCCACGCCGCUGCCCUUGAAGACGGGGAGCGAUGCCCUUUUUCUGCCGGCGCUGUUGGGGCUCGGCUGUCGUCGGGGCUACUCGCGGCGACAGCUAACUUAGGCCAGGGCGUCUUAAACGAUCACGGGGAGAUUAGGGCGGGGCGCUGCUGGGGGAGUGGGGGUGGGGGCAAGGUGCAGUUUGAAGAUGAUGUUUUCUGUUUAAUAACAUUAGUCUCCAUCGACAAUCUUUCUGCAUAUGAAGCAUUUAUCACAGGCUAUUUCUUCUGUUCUUUUACAGUGGUGAUGGCUCGAGUGAGGAGGGUCACAGAAACACUAGACGGUCUCACGGCAUAUAAAGUGCGAAUCAAGAGAUUGCUGAAGGCAUCGGAAAAGGUGCAGCUGAUCCUGCAGAAGGGCCUCAUCUACACGAUUCCCGGCACGUGCGAAUCGGAGCUGGAGUCGCGCACCUCCUACGUGAUCACCGGCAACGUGGAAGCCAGCAAGCCGUGGACCAACAUCUGCCAUUUCGUAAAGCCUUGGAAGUCCCUCUCGCCCAAGAUGAAGAAAGGGUUCCGACUCCUGUACCAAAGCGGCUGCGAUUGUCCGAUCAUGUCCUGUCACUUUUGGCAGUCGUGUCCCAAAGCCAGUUUCUUCUGUGCAUGGGAAACGUCAACCGAGAUGGAUGACUGCCAAGGACGGCAUGCUGUGUGCCUCCGAGGACCCGACGGCACUUGCGGCUGGCUCGGCUAA